AUUUGUUUUAUUUCUCAGAUGGCCGAGGGCGAUAAGAAAAAGAGGGUCCGUAAGCAUCAUCAUGGAAGCCGUAACCCGGUCCUGGCCAGGGGCAUCGGCCGCUACUCUCGUUCUACCAUGUUCGCUCGCCGGGCCUUGUACAAGAGGAAGACUCAAGCCUCUGUAACGAAGAUAGAGAAGAAACUCGUGGAGAAGAAACCAAAAGAGAGAGCCCCCACCACCAUCACCAAAACCGUCGGUGGAGACAAAAAUGGAGGCACUCGUGUGGUCAAACUGCGCAAGUUGCCCCGUUAUUACCCCACAGACGAUGUGCCCCGCAAGCUGUUGAGUCACGGUAUCAAGCCCUUCGCCCAUCACAGGAGGAAGCUCCGCAAGUCCAUCACCCCUGGAACCGUGCUGAUCCUGUUGACCGGACGCCACCGCGGCAAGCGUGUGGUCUUCCUCAAGCAGCUGGACACCGGUCUCCUCCUCGUUACUGGUCCUCUAGCCCUGAACAGAGUGCCCCUGCGUAGAGCGCACCAGAAGUUCUGCAUCGCCACAGCCACCAAGGUGGACAUCUCUGGCAUGAAGCUCCCCAAAACACUGAAUGAUGCUUACUUCAAGAAGAAGAAGCUGAGGAAGCCCAAGCACCAGGAGGGAGAGAUCUUUGACACGGAGAAGGAGAAGUACCAGUUGACGGAGCAGCGUAAGGAGGAUCAGAAGGCUGUGGACUCUCAGCUGCUUCCUCUGAUUAAGAAGGUUCCCCAGCUGAAGGGAUAUCUGCGCUCCACAUUCUCCCUCUCUAACGGAGUCUAUCCACACAAACUGGUUUUCUAAAGAUGCAAAUAAAAUCCGUGUGAACCCAA